AUGAACCACCUCAGCAACCUCACUGGCGGUGCCACCGGCGGCGCUGCCAACCCCGGUGCCGGCGCGGGCGCCAACGCGGGCGCCAACGCGGGCGAGCACAAGGACUAUGGCGACAAGGUCUUUGACGCGGUCGCCAAGAAGUCCGGACACAACGUCAACGCCAACACGGCCGAGAAGAUCACCGACGGUGCGCGUGGUUUGUUUGAGAAGGCUACUGGCAAGAAGGUCAGCUCCAAGAUCUCCAACUAA